UGGACCUUGGCGGGCGGCGGGGCUGGCAGGGCGGGCGGGGGACGCGGGGUGGCGGGCGGGGGACGCCCCUCGGGAGCGCCUGGCUGGGCGCUAGGCGGGGCGCCCGGACCGCGGAGCCUGCUCGUGGGCGUUGCCCCGCUGUGCCUGCUUCCAAACAUGUCAACAAGGCGUGGAGCGUGCGCGGGGGCCGCGUGCAGCCUCCCCGCCACACCGCCGCGCCCGGCGUCCCGCUUGGUUACCCUGAGUGCGGGCUGGUGGGGCUCUGCCAGGCUCUUCCCCGUGUCAGCUGGGGCCCUACACGUAGCUUGAGUAACCAGGCGCAAACAGACUGCCCAGAGUAGGGUGCAGGGGAAGUGUCAGGGAAAGCCAGUCCGUGGAGGUGGCGCAGGGAGGAGGGGACGUCCCGGCCGUGUAGCAAGUGGAAAACUUGGUCAACUUGGAUGUGCAGCCUCGCGCCUGUUUUCGGCGAGAGCAGUCCUUUGAGGUGGGGUUGCAGACAAGGAUCAGAUAGCAGGUUAUCAAAUGAUUGGCCUGCAUCUUCAAGCUAAGAAAUGAGAUGACUACUGUUAUUUUGCUGGUGAUGCCGAAUCGAAUGGCCCAGAUCUUUUAAUUGGAGUCUUUUUUCUAACACCUCUGAAAUAUUUAUACAAAUGCCAUCGACUCGCACUUAACUACAAAUGACUGCUAAACAAAUUUUCACCACCACCCUGUGCUACCGUCUAGUUCUGAGGGCUAAUCUCUUCCCCUGUUUUAGUCUUGUACUCCAGCCAGCGAAUGCGCAUUAAUUUUGUUACUAGUCAAAGCAGGACAUAAAUGGAAAGGAACUGUGAUGCCAAAACAGGCUUUACAGCUAAAUACAAAGAGGCUUUUAAAAUGACCACAGCACAGAGUACUAAAAGUAGUCUUCGACUCUUCAUAUGGUGACCAAGUUGACUGCUCCUUUCAGAAUGUAUGGAAAUGUGAAGAACUAAUUCUGUAGCUCCCUGUGCUGCUCAGUCAGUCUGGAAUCUUUCCUUAUUAGUUUGCUUUUUGACGCUUUGUAGGAAUAUCAGUCCCUCACCAAAUGCUUUGAGUGGCCUAAGUUGCGUAGAUGAUUUGGGGCCUGGAGAAGUUGCAGUUUGAAGUGAACUGCGGAAAGAGGCCUAGUUUUGGUGCUCUACAAAGUCUCAGAGACGUUAAUCGUUCUCUGUACUCCUGUUCAAAUGAUGAAACGAGGAAUAGGAAGAGAUAGUGACCAUAAUUCAUCAGGAGAAGAUACUGCAGAGAAAUCCAAGAAACUGAGGACUGCAAGUGAGCAUUCACAGACUUGUGACUGGGGUAAUCUCCUUCAGGACAUUGUUCUCCAGGUAUUUAAGUAUUUGCCUCUUCUUGACCGGGCUCAUGCUUCCCAAGUUUGCCGCAACUGGAACCAAGUAUUUCACAUGCCUGACUUGUGGAGAUGUUUUGAAUUUGAACUGAAUCAGCCAGCUACAUCUUAUUUGAAAGCUACACAUCCAGAGCUGAUCAAACAGAUUAUUAAAAGACAUUCAAACCAUCUACAGUAUGUCAGCUUCAAGGUGGACAGCAGCAAAGAGUCAGCUGAAGCAGCUUGUGAUAUAUUAUCACAGCUUGUGAAUUGCUCUUUAAAAACACUUGGACUUAUUUCAACUGCUCGGCCAAGCUUUAUGGAUUUACCAAAGUCUCACUUUAUCUCUGCACUGACAGUUGUGUUUGUAAACUCCAAAUCCUUGUCCUCACUUAAGAUAGAUGACACCCCAGUAGAUGAUCCAUCCCUCAAAGUACUAGUGGCCAACAACAGUGAUACACUCAAGCUGCUGAAGAUGAGCAGCUGUCCUCACGUCUCUCCAGCAGGUAUCCUUUGUGUAGCUGAUCAGUGUCACGGCUUACGUGAACUGGCCCUGAAUUACCACUUGUUAAGUGAUGAACUGCUGCUUGCUUUAUCUUCUGAAAAACACGUUCGCUUAGAACAUUUGCGCAUAGAUGUGGUCAGUGAGAAUCCUGGACAGACUCACUUCCAUACUAUUCAGAAGAGCAGCUGGGAUGCUUUCAUCAGACAUUCACCCAAAGUGAACCUAGUGAUGUAUUUUUUUUUAUAUGAAGAGGAAUUUGAUCCAUUCUUUCGGUAUGAAAUACCUGCCACCCAUCUUUACUUUGGGAGAUCAGUAAGCAAAGAUGUGCUUGGCCGUGUGGGAAUGACAUGCCCCAGGCUAGUGGAACUAGUUGUGUGUGCUAACGGAUUACGGCCGCUUGAUGAAGAAUUAAUUCGCAUUGCAGAACGUUGCAAAAAUUUGUCAGCUAUUGGACUAGGGGAAUGCGAGGUCUCCUGUAGUGCCUUUGUUGAGUUUGUGAAGAUGUGCGGUGGCCGCCUGUCUCAGUUAUCCAUUAUGGAAGAGGUACUAGUUCCUGACCAAAAGUAUAGUCUGGAGCAGAUUCAUUGGGAAGUGUCUAAGCACCUCGGCAGAGUGUGGUUUCCAGACAUGAUGCCCACUUGGUAAAGACCAAAUGACGUAGGACAUAAUGAAUACAGCACCUUAACUUUUAGCAUAUUGUAUUAUGGUAAGUUUAUUUCUUGUAGGUCUGAUGUAAUUCUACUAUUUUGUGGCACAGAAAUUUGAUACCUUUAUUGAGUAUAUAAGGAUUGUUUUUUGGAAGACCCAUGGACCAGUUUUGGUCAGAAAACUGUUUCUUCAGCCUAAUAGCAGUCAAAUCUCAGAAAAUUUAAAAAAGUGAUUCAGAUCUGAAAGUAAUAACUAGUAAUAAAGAUUAAACAUUUUACAGUCUGAAGGAAGCAAAAUAUAUAGUGAGUACUAAUAGGUUUUCUAAACUGUUACGGUUCUCUAUGCAGUUUUCAAAAAUGUAAACUUGACAUUUUAGGGUCUUCAGUUAUACAUACACCUGUUAUAAGGUGUUUAAUAUAGCUCAGGAAAGUGAGCAUUUUGUGGGAAAAAUGUAGGGUAUACCAUAUUUAAUGAAAAAGAUUGAUUGUUCUAAAAUGUUACAAAGCUGUUUAAAGAGGUAUAUAUAAUUAAUUGGAACACUUAAAGAAAGCUGAUAAAUGUCAUAUGAUGGUUAUUAUAGAAGGAUACUGAACAGAGCCAAGAUCAAAUUAAAAGAAAAUACAUGGAAGGGAGGCAGUGUUUAGCUUUGUAUAAACUUUCAGAUUGCUCUAUAAUCUGCUAAACUAUAUCAGUUAUUUUCUGUGACACAUUACUAUGUAUGUGGCACUUUGGGCAUCAUAUGUAAAGUAAGGAAUGCUUUACCAAUUCUCCUUGGGUUCAUUUUGGUUAAACUAGUUUUGAAGUAUUGUACAAUAAUUGAAAUGAGAAGUUUACCUAUUUUAAAAAGCCAAAUUGAAAUAACGGUAGAACUUUAAACCGUUCAUAAAUUGUUUUCAUGAAAGAAUAUUAGUCUCCAGUGAAUUUUAGUGAUGGCUCAUUUUUACAUUUUGGAAUUACAUAGUUACAUAAGUAGAAUUUUUAAAAAUCAUAAAAGGAGCACCAGUGUACAGUUCAGCAUAAAUAGUAAUUUUAAGAGUAUAUAUUUAAGUUCAUAAUCAUAUUUUUGAGUAAAUAUUGCUCAGUGGACUGGAAAACUUUAAUAGAAAAAUGUCUGCAGUUUUAUGAUAAUUUGGUUAAACUGAUAUUUUAUAUUAUUUAAGUUAGGUAGUAUUCUUAUUACUUUCAUAUGAAUAAAGGUAAUCCAUACAUUGUAGAAUCUGUAAAAAAAAAAAACAAACAUUGAGUUUUGGGCCAUAUUUAGUUUUUAGAUAUUAUAUAAAAUUUGAUUCUUAGCACUAGUGCUGGCAGAUACUAGCCUCCUAAGGGAGAUCAGAAAUGACGUACCCCCAGUGGAAUAUAUUAACGCUGGAAACUUGGAAAGCAGUUUGGUAGAUACAGAAGCUAAGAGUCUCAUGGGUCUAAUCUGUUUUUAAAAUAGAUUACCUUCCUAAGAAUAAAGUAAAAUGUGAUUUUCUACAUAAUUUAUGUUUUCAAAAGUGAUGGUAUUCUGGCCACAAAUAUAUAGAAAAAAGGCUGAUCCAGAUGUGGAAAUCAAAAGCAAUUAUUGUAAUAUUCCUCCCUCUUACUGAAUAGUAAAAUGUUCUGCUUGUACAAGAAAUACCUGUUUGUGGAUGAAGCUUUUUUUUCCUGGAACAACUUUGGAAAAUGGGUUGACAGUACAUAAUCAGUUCUACUAACCAAAGCUUUAUUUGGAAAUUUACUUUUUUGUACAAAUUGAAUUAUAUAAUGCUUGAAAUACUUUUAGUCACUUUAUAAGCAAAAUGCAUAGCUCUUAAUAUGUUUAUACUGUAAAGUAUAUGUUAAAUGCUUUUAUCAAUCUGAGAAUAAAGAUGCCUACUAAU